AUGGUCAAUCCCCGUGGAGGUAAAGGAUUAAUGGACGCUGUAGCCCCAGCUACAUCAAGCAAUGCUGCUUCACAUGCGUUAGCAAGUUGCGUGUGCCAGGCAGGGAUUUGCAUCGCAUCUCAUGCGGUUGGAAAUGCAGAGGAACAUUUCUUAUGGCCUGUCGAUUGCUUCAGCGAAUCGGCAUUUUCUGAAAACACUACAGCAGUGCAUGGACAAUCAACCAGUGAGAAAGAAUGCAGGUCUGCAACAUGGACAGCAAGGUGA